AUGCUGAUGGAGCUCACAGACAAUGAUGUUUCAGGUGCCGUCAGCCUCAUUUCCUUCCUAGUGCGCUGUGAACAGGCGCCCUUCGAGAUGCAGUCUGCUGCGGGUCAGUGCCUCGUGCAGCUGACAACAGCUGACUCAGUCUUCCUCUCGAAGACACAAGAAGGCAGUGAGGAUUGGCAGAAUGAGCAGAUCACCAAACUUACCGGCAUGCUGAAUCGUCAUGUGAACGGGUUAAUCAAGGGCCUCAUCCAGUUCGACAUCGUUGAAGCCUUUGGGCGCUGCAUUUGUCAACAUCAGAUGAGCCACAGCCGCACCGACAUCAUAGUGAAGUAUUUCCUCACCACAAUCCACAACUGCCUACUGUACUGCUCCGAGAACCAGAAAAAGUUACGGCAGCAUUUAGCUACUCAGAGCACUAUUGUGCAGGAUAUCAUGAUCCCUUACGUCUACAACAUUCUGCCGGCGUUGUAUGAUAAUCCUGCAUGUGGUCCUUCGCUCAUCGAAUGGCAGAACCUCAAGGCAACCUUGCAGACCUUUGUAGUCGUUACCUUCAACAUUAACGUUUACCGGCCGCAGCUGAGAGAUUCUGAUAUGAUCCCAAAGUUGUGCGAGGUGCCCCGGAUCCUGACUCAUGUGUCGAUGUUGGAGCUGCUAAUUAAGCUGGCUAUCAACGUUGACUACACCAAAGGACCGUUCUGUGAGAUGCUGACGCAGCUCUUUCAGGGAGCCUUUGAGCAGCUUGCGCCUGAAAGCCAGGCUCGACUGCAGCGACGGCUAACCUGCGAGCAAAGCAUGCGGCUGCCAUUUACACGUUCAUCCUUGAAGGCUUGCGAGCUGCUGUCCUUCGCGCUGGCGACCCCUGAGCAGGCGCCACCAGAAGCAGCAGCAGCGGCGGUGAAACAUACCCGCCGAAAGGGCAAGUGGCGGCAUGGCAAGCAGAGAAGAAGAAAGAAGCUCUUUGCCAUGCAGGCGUCUCAUCAAAACGACGAGGAACCUGAGGCAGACGAUGAGCAGGGUGAUGAGGAGGAGUCCGACGAGGAUGACAUGCCACCGCUGAUCCCAGCAGAUGGUGGUUGGGAAAGCCACUUGGGUGUCGCAGAUGAGGCUGGUGUGCCGCAGAAAGCGGUGUGUCAACUCAGCGGUGCUUUGAUGCACGAUCCUGUGAGCACACCAGACGGAUAUCUUUUCGAAAGGGCUGCAAUAGAGGAUUGGAUGAGCCAACAUGGCUCGAACCCCUUGACUGGUGCCCCCCUGGCUAUGGAUGAUGUCAUGGAUAGACAAGACAUCGCAAACUUCAUCCAGGGCUUUCAGAUGCAGAUGCUCUCAGUGUCUCAAGUUGCACCGGAAGUUGUGGAUAGACCCAAGGAGGAGGCUCCUGUGGAAGAAGUUACAUCGUCGGGGCCAGCACCACCCCCCACCAAGCCGGUCCAGACUGGCCCAUCUUUGCUUGGGGAUUUGCCUUCAUUGGUGAAGCAAGAUUCAAAAACUGAGAAGAAGGAGAAGCACAAAAUCCGGAUCGAAUCCAGAUCUGUGGUCGAGUGUCCAGAGGACAUGAGGUGUGCAAUAGACGGAAAGGUCAUGGUGAAUCCAGUUCAAUCUCCUUAUGGGCACUUCUUUGAAAAGAAGACCCUAGAGAAGUGGUUCGCCAACUGUGGAUCCGUCUGUCCGAUCACGCAGAAAGCCUUGCGAAUGGACGAGUGUCAAGGGGAUCCGGAAAUGAAGAAGAGGAUAGUUAAGUUUCUAAAGGGCCACCACGUGUGA